ACAAGCAUAGGUAGAGCACAUUCAGAUAAAGAGUCAAUUAAGAAAUAAUGGAGCACACAACAAGUCUAAUAGUUUUCCUUAAGAUGGCUGUUUCACAGAACAAGCGCAUUCUAUUAGUGGCUUUCGUCAUCCUCUGCCUCUUCUCCACCCAAACAUUAGCACGAACGUUGAAAGAAAAAACCAAUAUAACUAGUGGGGAUGCCAGUAAUGUUCAACAUAGUAAGGAAUCGCAUGCCGAGGUAUUUAAGCCAAAAGAUGAGGAUGUUAACGUUGGUGGUGAUGUGUUCUCAGUGGAUUACACUCCAGCAUCCAGAAAACCACCGAUUCACAAUUAAAUACUUCGCAAUUUUGGUAAAGUAGAUAGUGAAGAAAAAUUGUACUAAUAUUCAAGAAUAAGCUGUUUUUUUUUUUGUAAAAAGGUUACUAUAGCUAGAAGAUAAGGUAAUUAAUAUAAGUAUUAUCAUUUUUUGGCAA